GUGUGUUCAACAUCAACUCCGGCAUUUGAACUGAGGGGGAGACGGAGUCUUUAUUGCAUCUCUUGGCCAACUAAUGAUGGAGUCGAUGGAAAUUGAUCGAGAAAAAGCACCGUUUACAGGGGAAGAAAAUAAGGAAACCAAGCCAAUCGUAGUAGUAUUGGUGGGCCUGCCUGGAAGUGGGAAAUCUACUUUUAGUGAUGAAGUCAUGAGAAUUUCUUCCCGUCCCUGGGCUCGUGUUUGCCAGGAUACUAUUAAUAAUGGUAAGUCUGGGACAAAAAUUCAGUGUCUGUCAGUUGCAGCUACUGCUUUAAAGGAUGGUAAGAGUGUGUUUAUAGAUAGAUGCAACAUUGAUAGAGAACAGCGGGCGGACUUUCUGAAGCUUGGUGGCCAACAGACGGAGAAACAUGCUGUCGUGCUUGAUCAUCCAGCCAAGCUUUGUAUUUCUCGUUCUGUGAAGCGUACCGGACAUGAAGGCAACUUACAAGGUGGGAAAGCUGCUGCUGUUGUGAAUCAAAUGGUGCCAAAGAAAGAACUUCCUAAACUGAGUGAAGGGUUUGACCGAAUUACAUUUUGUCACGAUGAAAGGGAUGUCAAAGAAGCUGUCAAUGUGUAUGGUUCACUCAGUCCAUUAGAUUCUCUUCCUUCUGGCUGUUUUGGACAGAAGAAGUCAGAUGCCAAGAUUCAACUAGGGAUAAUGAAAUUUCUUAAAAAAGUAGAUCCUUCUGGUAAUGCUGGAUCUGAUCCAACUGUCCGUCAGAAGUGUAGCCCGAACAAACUAUCUGUGGGAGAGGAUACUGUCCUGCAGAGAAGCAAAAUGGAUUCUGCUGCUCUCGAGAAGGUGGGAAAAAGUAAUGAAUUGGACAUUACCUCUACUUCUGGUGCCAAUUCUGCCAACAGUAUUCCCACUUUGGCAUUUCCAUCUAUUUCUACUGCAGACUUUCAAUUCAAUCUUGAGAAGGCAUCUGACAUUAUUGUUGAGAAAGUUGAGGAAUUUAUCGGUAGGAUUGGGAAGGCUAGACUUGUUUUAGUAGAUCUGUCGCAGGGAUCAAAAAUAUUGUCCCUGGUUAAGACUAAAGCUGCACAAAAGAACAUUGACUCCAAUAAGUUCUUUACAUUUGUUGGAGAUAUAACUCGACUACAUUCUCAGAGAGGCUUACACUGUAAUGUUAUUGCUAAUGCUGCCAACUGGCGUUUAAAACCAGGAGGUGGGGGGGUAAAUGCUGCUAUCUUCAAAGCUGCAGGUUCUGCACUAGAAAUUGCAACCAAAGAAAAGGCUGUGUCCCUUAGUCCUGGAAAAUCAGUUGUUGUGCCACUUCCUUCAUCUUCUCCAUUGUUUGCUAGGGAAGGUGUAACCCAUGUCAUUCAUGUUCUUGGACCAAAUAUGAACCCCAUGAGACCUGAUUGUCUUAAAGAUGACUAUGUUCAGGGAUGCAAGAUACUUCGUGAAGCUUAUUCAUCUCUCUUUGAAGGGUUUGUUUCUAUAGUUAGGUCCCAUGGAGUAGCCUCUAUACACAACAGUGGAAGACCAUUAGAAUCUGGAGGAUUCCAAGAGGUAAUCCCUACUAAUGAUGAUCAGAAGGCCAAAAGGGAAGCUGAUUAUGAAUCUGAAAGGAGCAAAAAGUAUAAGGGACUCCGACUGGACCUUAAAUCUGGUGCCAGCAGCUUGAUGGAUGAGGAAAAAAUCCAGGAUAAAAGCGUGAACAUGACCAAGUCCUGGGCGUCAUGGGCACAAGCCCUUCAUGAUGUUGCUAUGCAUCCCAACAAGCACAAGAAUGUUAUUCUUGAGAUAUCAGAUGAUGUUUUAGUGAUGAAUGAUGCUUAUCCAAAGGCUCAGCGGCACCUCUUAGUAUUAGCGCGGGUUGAUGGUCUCGACAGCAUUGCUGAUAUAUGUAGAGAGCACGUCCCAUUGUUGAAGACAAUGCAUGCUGUUGGCUUGAAAUGGGCAGUAAAGUUCCUCAAUGAAAAUAAAUCUUUGUCAUUUCGCCUUGGAUACCACUCGGUCCCUUCAAUGCGUCAAUUGCACCUUCAUGUAAUUAGCCAGGAUUUCGACUCCAUCCAUCUGAAGAACAAGAAGCAUUGGAACUCAUUCACCACUCCAUUCUUCCUUGAUUCAGUAGUUGUGAUAAAGGAACUCGAAGAUGUUGGACGUGUUACAUUGAAAGACGACAAGUGCCUGGCAAUGGAGCUGCGGUGCCACCGGUGUCGAAGUGCACAUCCAAAUAUACCUCGCCUCAAAUCACAUAUUAGCUCUUGUCAAGCCCCAUUUUCUGCUGAUCUACUCCAAAAUGGCCGGCUUGUCUCUUCCACAGGUACUGAUUUCUAGCUUGUGUCAGUUAGGAACAAUCACUGCUUCUUAGUUUACACAAUACCUUGUCACAGCUGGCUUUUAAAAUCUUUUUUGUUUUCUUUAUUUGGGUGAAAAUAGUGUAGACUUCUUGUGAAAUGUGGGAGGGAGACUAACAUCAGUUGAUGGUAGGCUGCUUUUGUUAUCAAACCAUCGCCUAAGAGCUUGGCCACAGGUUAAGACUUCGUGGGUUGGGUUUUGGUCGGAACUAUUCAGAGAUGUGGCCAGAGCUUGGCCACGGUUUAAAGACUUCGUGGGUUGGGUUUUGGUCGGAACUAUUCAGAGAUGUGGCCGAUUCCUUGCCAUAGCACAACUUGUGGUUGUAU